AUGGUUCUCAUUUGGCAGCCACCAACAGAACGACUGCUCCAGUUCCUGCUGUGCUGGUUCCUAGGAUCAGUGGCACCCAGUCCUGUUGACCAGCAUGCUACAGAGGAGACAAAGCUGCUUUGCGCCAACAUGAAGACGUUCGCCAACGAUGCCAAUAAGAUCAUAUUUGGCCACCAAGAGGACACGUGGCUCGGGGCAUCGGGAGGAAGAGCACCCUAUCAGUACUCUGACUUGAAGCAUAAUGGAAGCAUUAAUGGAUGGAUUUUUAUUCUUCAACAAGCACAGGCCGGUGACCCCGAUGCCUUAUCGGACGUUCUGGAAAUGACCGGGCAGCGACCAGCCCUCACAGGGUUUGACUUCUUCCAGCUUGAUGACGACCACAUGUUCACCAUGUCCUACCUGGCGAAGCUGGCUCAUGCCAAAGGCCAGAUAAUCACAGUAACACAGCUUCUGGACAAUCCCAUCACCAACGGGUCAGCCUGGGUGGAGAAAGAUCAUGGUCAGUUUCCUCACAUUGUGAGACGUCUUUUGCCAGGAGGAGACUUUAACCAUGUGUACAGGCAGAACCUGGAUAAAAUUGCUGACUGGGCUCUAAACCUUAAGGAUUCGAAAGGUAGACUGAUUCCUAUCAUAUAUCGAGCACUGCAUGAACAGAAAGGAGAAUGGUUCUGGUGGGGGUUGAAUAACAAGGCUCACAACACACCUCAAGAUGUCCAGAACCUUUACAGAUACCUUGUAAGUUACCUACGAGAUACGAAGGGAGUGCACAAUAUUCUCUAUGCUAUAUGUCCAGACAAAUUCAAGGAUGAAGCCGAUUAUCUGAAGGUAUAUCCUGGCGAUAACUAUGUUGAUAUAAUAGGAACAGACUACUAUUUCGAUAACGGUAGUCAUCCAUCGACUGAAGACUUCAAGCGCACUUUGGAGCAGGUUGUGGACAUUGCGGAGCGACGUGGGAAAACAGCUACUCUAACGGAAACCGGCAUUCGUUAUAAUGGACUUGACAAGGUCCACAACUUCUGGAAUGACCAUAUCCUUGACGUGAUCAAAUCCAGUCCUAGGGCGAGUCGUAUAGCCUAUGUCUACGCCUGGUCAAAUCACUGUUUCGGACAGGGAAGAUGCGAGGUCUACAUUCCUUAUAAAGGGCAUCCAUCUGAAAAGUAUUAUGUGAACAAUUUCUUCAAAGACUCUAUGACAUAUUUUCUCAAUAGAAUAGGGAAUAUAUUUUCUUGA